CGAAACCCCGUGAUCGUCAUACCAUUGCAUACUAGCAGGCCUAGCUUCUUGCGGCAGGUCUUUUGCAAUGGCUCGAUGUAUAUAUUGUGCCCGCAGACAUUUUGUUUUGUUGGUUUCCACUUAGUUGCUCUCUAACCGCUAGACGCCUACACUUUCACGACCAAUCAUUAUGAAGUCUAUUUCCACCACUGCCGGCGUGGCAUCUGUCAUUGCCCUAUCCUCUGCUGUGGAUGCUUUUGUUACCCUUCCACUCCAUUCGAGACCUGCUACGUUUGAGUCCAAGCAGGCCAUCAACGCUGCCCGCAUGCAAGCUGGUGCCUCCACUGGCGUUCCCUUGAAGGACUUUCGCCGCCACAACUGCGAUCUCGAGUGGUACAUUGACAUUAGCGUCGGAACGCCCCCUCAGAAGCUCACCGUGGUUGUUGACACUGGAUCCUACGAUCUCUUGUUUCCUGACGAGACUUGCCAGAAAUGCGGUGCUGGCCACUCGUUCAACGGUGCCAAGUCCAAGACAUUCUCGUCCCAGCCUGGUCAGUACGAUCGGCUCGACUUUGGCACUGGCAUUGACACCUACGGCCUUGAUCUUUCGAUUCCUGCUCGCGUUCAGGGCACAUGGCGCACCGACUCCGUGACCAUUGGCAACGUCACGGUCCCCAAGCAGCAGUUCCUUCACUGCGAGAGCUACGCCGACUUCUUCUCCAGCGCCGACUUUGACGGCAUCAUGGGCUUCAGUCUCAAGGGCGAAAGCGGCUCUCCCGGUGGCAAACCCUGGUUCUGGAGCGCCGUCGAAGCCGGCAAGUUUGGCUCCUCUGCCAUUUCCCUGCACAUGCCUGCGGACCAGCUCACCGGUGGUGAAAUCACGCUCGGCGGCUCCAACCCUGCCCGCUACCAGGGCGACAUCCACUACUUUGAUACGUACCAGGCUGGCGGCUGGAUCGCCCCGAUGCCGCAGGUAUACGUCAAUGGCAAGGCCCAGAACCUCAAGGAGAAGAAUGCCCUCUUUGACAGCGGCACGCCCUUCAUGUCCAUUACCAAGGACUUGGCCGAGAAGAUGUACGCCGCCAUCUCCCCCAUUCCCAAGCAGCUCAACGACUUUGGCGACUGGGGUGCGCCUUGCGACAAGAUUGAUGAGAUUGCCGCCGAGUUUACUUUUACCUUUGGCGCCGGCAACAAGAUGGUCAACGCUACCAUCCCCAAGUCUGCCUUCAACUUGGGCCCUCACAAGGAUUUCCCGGGCAUCUGCCAGACCGUGCUCAGCACCACCAACUACGGCAUCACCCAGUUCAUGAUUGGUGCUCCUCUCCUGAAGCAGUACUACACUGUGUGGGAUGGUGCCAAGUACCAGCUUGGUUUUGCCCAGCUCAAGAAGUAGAGCACGCAGACAUGAGCCAAUCAAAGAGAGAUAGCUACGGAUGCUUGUGUGUGCAAAGAUCUACAACGCCCGCCUUUAUGUAUAUAGAGUUAAAAAGAAUCGAGACGGUAGUAUAUGUACAUACAUAUGAAACAUACAUACAUACACACAAUCACGCAUACAUGUACACAGAAAAUACGUAUAAAAUAAAAUGAAAUAGGUCUGGGGAAAUAUAAUACAAUUGUUUUAUGCAGUUUACAUGGCGGCCAUUUAGUAUAUACUCAGCCGCCGGACAACCAUUUUCGUUCUUCUACUGUCUCUUGCUGGGCUUGAUUUCCGUCUUGGGCUGCGUCCUGGGGUGCACCUUCGUGCGGAACAUGGUUGCCUGCUCAAGAGCGUAGGCAAUGCGAAUCAGCUUGUACUCGCUGAACCUGACGCCGGUAAAGCCGAUGCCGUAGGGCUGGUUCGGGGCCGACAUCGUCACGUUGUACGCGCUCUCCGUUUCCACGGGCGUGCUGUCCGGCAGACGCCCAGCCGGAAUGGAGAUGACGGGAUGACCAGCAGGGGCAGCGAAACUCGACAACAUUAAGGGCAAGUCAAGGAUGGCAUCAAGGUUAUGCUCCUUGACGGCGGCGUCGAUUCCAUGAGUCGUUGUGAGCUCCACAUUCUGCUGGUAUGCCGCCCAGAAAGCCGCAUCUGAGUUUUGCAGCUUGUGUUGCACCGGCCCGUUCCAGGAGCCCGUGUUGUAGAAGGGGUAGUUCUCGCGCGGGUCGGUCCGUGUAAAGUUGAGCAGGUCCUCUAGGGUGUGGAUGUUGUUGGGGUUGGUCUUGAGCUGCGCCAGGUACUUGGGCAGGUCGGUGUAGAAGUCGGUACCAAGGAUGUUGUAGUUUGCUGUGUGCAUGUUGACGCCGGGCAAGGCUACAUUCUCGACAAUCGUAGCACCAAGCGACUGGAGGGUUUUGAUGGCGGCCGGGAUCGCGCCUUGAUCAUCAGCAAGAUUAUAUCUGUCCCCGGCCGCGACAACGCCAAUGCGGACACCGUCAAGGCGCGUGCUGUUACAGGCUUCAAUAUAGUUGGGGAUCGACUUGAAGGGGAUGGCGCUGGUGUAGUUGUCAUGGCUAUCGACGCCGGCAAUGGCCGUGAGCAGUACGGCGGCGUCCUUGACGGUGCGAGCCAUGGGCCCAACGGUGUCUUGGUGCUCCGAAAUGGGGAUGACAAGGUGGCGAGACGUCAGGCCGAGACUGGGCUUGAUGCCAACAAUGUUGUUGAAGUUGGCUGGCGCGAUGAUGGAGCCAGCCGUCUCAGAGCCAAGCGCGGCCCAGGCUAGGCCGAUGGACACGGCGACGCCGCUACCAGAGGACGAUCCGGAGGGAUCCUGACGGUCAAAGUAGGCGCCAACGGUCUGGCCGCCGACGGCAGACCAUCCAGACGUGCCGGUGUUGUUGUUGUGGCGAAAGUUGGCCCAUUGCGACAGGUUGGUCUUGCCGAGGAGGAUGGCGCCGGCCUUUCGCAGCUUGGCCGCCACGGUGCUGUCAGUCGCGAGCGUGGCAUUGAUGAGCGCAAAGGAUCCGGCCGUGUUGGGCAUCUUGUCGGCGGUGCCCAUGUUGUCCUUGAGGAGGAUGGGGAUGCCGUGUAGCGGCCCAAGACCCUUGCCCUUGCAAGAGCGGCGCUCGGCGUCCUUCUCGUUGGCAAUGGCCAUGACAUCCGGGUUGGUCAUGAUGACGGCAUGGAGCUCCGAGUUGACAUCGUGGAUGCGGCCGAGGUAUGCCGUGACAAGUUCGGCGCUGGUGAAUGCGCCCUUGUCGAGGCCGGCACGGAGCUCAUCGAGUGUGGCAUCGAGAAGGAGAGGAACAUUCUUUGUUACUGCUGCCGCAGUAACAACAGACAGAAGAAGGGCGCCAAUCAGGCACCAGAGAUGAGAGGAUAGCAUGCUCAAUUCUGUGAUUGUUUUUUUUCUUUGGGCGACAGAACGUGUACAAAAGCUGUGCCUCAGGGGAGACGAGGAGUUGGGCGACGGGCUCAAUUUGAAUCCGCUGGUCGUUCAUCUAAUCCAACAAGGUUUUGCUAGCGCGGGCGGCCUGUCCAGGUUGUAUUGGGGCCACCUGCAAGUGGCAUGACUUGGGGAGAUUUCCGAGAUCGUCCAUACAGCCCACUAUGAACUUGAGCACAAGUGGCUAUGCCCUUGGCGGUACCUUUGUUUGCGGCAUUUCCACGGCUGCAGGGUACUUUUGUUGUAUUAUUCGCUUUUUUGCUGUGCAUAUACUGUUGUUUUACAUAAUCUAGAUGUCGUCUCUGGUCUCCGGUCGAUGGCUGUGCAGGCCAAAAAGCAUAUUGCCAUGUAAACUUGCUCCGUGGUGGGGAGGCCAAGGGUUACAGUGAGUCGGAUCCUGGAGUUUCCAGAGAGAUGAAGAGUUGGCCGAAGGCGGAGGGUGGCAGCGAAAAACUAAUUGUAAUUAGGCGGGGUCAAGAAUAUUCUUGCAAGGCAAAAGUGCCCGCGAGUAGAGAAGCAUGAUGCAUGGGCAGCCAAAAAAGAUGAAGAUGGAGAAAAUGAAUCGGUGGGGGAAAAGCGAAAGUUGUGCGUGGCUGAUACCCCUCUUAGGGCAGAUUAGUCGCCCAUGUCUUCCAUCAUUCGGGCGAAUGGUUUAGUGGUAUAAUACUCCCUUAGCAUGCGCCUUCCUAGUGAUUGCCCAGAUUUGGGAGUGGUCCAGGGUUCGAUUCCCUGUUCGUCCAUAUGAGGUGGUUAGAGUCCACCAUAUACCUUUCUUUUUUUUCUUUUUUUUCCUCGUUGCUGUGCUUCCUCUUUUUAGUGCUUUUUGAUUUUUUUGGUUAGCAUAUUAUUUAAAUAGCAAUAUACAUCAUGCAGGUAGCUACAGCAGCAACCACCCUCCCACCCCUAUUCACAAACCCAG